GUGCCAUUUAAUGUCCUGCCAAAGAGGCAAUAGCAUUGCAAUUAUCUUUGUUUAUUUUAUUUAUACGGCGUCGUUGACCGCCAUAGCGUUGCAAUUACAGUUGAGCCAAUCCUUUUCCUUUCUAAAUUCGGAUUUCAAUACCUUCCUUUAACAUAAUAUAGAAACACAAUGAAAGUAGCAUGUGCAAUUUCGAGCACUGCAUCAUCGGCUGCGGUCCUGUGCCGCUGCCUUUUCUCCUCCUCCGCAGCUAAAACCCUAAUUCCAACCUCGUAUUGGAGGAGCAACACCUCCGCAAGUGGUUCAUUAUACCAAAUAGCGUGUUCAAUGACUACCUCACCUGCGCCACAGCCGGAGAAACCUAAACCACCGCCACAGCCAUGGCUCAUUGUUGGCCUUGGUAACCCUGGGAAACGAUACGCUGGCACUCGCCAUAGCGUAGGUUUUGAGAUGAUAGAUACUAUAGCUGAUGCUGAAGGAAUAUCCAUGGGCAGUGUUUCCUUCAAAGCUCAAUUUGGAAAAGGUUUCAUUGGAGAUGUUCCAGUUAUGCUUGCUAAGCCUCAAACAUUCAUGAAUGCAAGUGGUGAGUCUGUUGGGGCAAUUGUUUCAUACUAUAAGAUUCCACUAAAGCAAGUUCUUGUGGUUUUUGACGACUUAGAUUUGCCUUUUGCAAAGUUGCGGUUAUUGCCAAAAGGUGGUCAUGGAGGACACAACGGUAUGAGGAGCAUUAUGAAGCAUCUUAAAGGGAGCCGUGAUUUUCCUCGCUUACGAAUAGGCAUUGGGAGGCCUCCAGGGAAAAUGGAUCCGGCAAGUUUUGUUCUUCGUGCAUUUAAUCCACAAGAACGUGAAGAGGCUCGUGUGAAUUUGUACGAGGUCAAGAACGCACAUCUUAGCUUAACUCGUUAGAUCCAGUUAUUUACGAGGAUGAGAUACCAACCAAUAAGAGAGCUUCACUCAAGCCCUAAAGUACUAAAAUGAGUAAACGUCAGCUCGUGAUAGAGUGUAUAAGAAUAGUGAGUUUUGUGUAUUAGUAACACUUGUAUUGAUUGUGCUUCUAUUUUUUUUAUGCAGUGUUUGGCUUGAUGUAUUAAAACUGACAUGAAUUGUGUAAUUUCUAAUAAAUUCUUUUCUAGUUUUUAACAAAAA